AUGGUCGUUCUCGGCGUGCCUCAGUGCCUGGCAGGGCAUGGUCUGUCGACCUUCGAGGUCUGCGACUCCGACUCUGGCUCGACGAUCCGCGGUCUCUGUCGAGGCAUCCAUGCAUCCUCCGGUGCAGACACAGAGAAACCAAUACUGGUGCUGAUACAUGGAUACCCGCAGACUGACCUGACGUAUCGCGACGUAGGUGGCGCCAUCAACGACCAGCCGCCGCACCGCGUCGUCCUGGUCGGCCACGAUCGAGGCGCUCGCAUCUGCCACCGGCUGACGGUCGACGCAGCAACCGAACACGCACGCACUGGUACGGACACUGCAUUCACCAUCGUGGCCACGGCGCUGAUGGACAUCGUGCCCACCGCCAUCCAGUGGGCCGCCCUCGCGGACCCUGCCGAAGCGAGCCAGACGUUCCACUGGCCCUUUCUGGCCAACGUCAAGCUGGCGAGCGCCAUGAUACACGCCAUGGGAGCAGACAGCUUCGUUCGCCAGAUGAUGGAGCGUUGGCGGGGGACAAGCGAGACGGCGAUAGCUCGGUUCGAAGCUGACGACGCCAUGGAGGUGUACAUGCGGCCGUUUCGGCAGAUGGCGAGCGUGGUGCGCAGUUCGUGUGCUGACUACGAGGCUGGCAGCACGCAGGACGUGCAGGAGCAGAGACACGACCAGGCAGAGGGCAGGCGGAUGGCGGCGCCGGUGCUGGUGCUGCACUCAUGCGGGAUGGGCGAGCGGUUCGAUGUCCAGGGCGAGUGGAAGGCGUGGGUCGAGCGGGAGCAGCUUCUCACGGUGGUGCAGACGGGCGAAGGGAUAGGCCAUUUCGUGGCGGAGGAGGACCCGGAAGCCACUGUUGGAGCGAUGCAGCGCUGGCUGGAGGACAUAAGCUUGUCCCUCUGA